AAAGGGUUAAAUUUACUGCUGUUGCUGCUGACGUCACAUCGGCAGGUUGACGUUUUGUGUCGAAUGUGUUGACACGAAUUUAAAUAAAAACUUAUGCGACAACAAAGCAUUUUUUUAAAUAAGCCAUGAGAUAACUUUUCUCAUUUCCUUCCUUUAAUAAAUUUAUACACUUAAAUACACGUGCUUAAUAUUUCUUAAAUAUAAAACAUUUUGUUUCCCCAGACAAAAUGCGUGGAAUCAGCACGCGCUGGUGUUGGACUACAUUUACUUUCAUCGCCGUGUCAUUGAGAAACAUGGCGGCCUCUUCGGGAGCUGCAGGCGGUGCUGGAUCCGACCUACAGAGUCCGGGUCCGGACAGCCCUCCGCUCCAGUACAGCCUGAUCAUGGAGCACCUGAUCGGGGACAAGAGGCCCAUCAAGGAGCUGAGUCCCGGGGUGAUCGGCGGGCUGCCGGUGCCUCCGAAAAGCGACGAGCAGAAGAUGAUCGAGAGAGCGAUGGAGAGCUGCAGCUUCAAGGCGGCGCUGGCCUGCGUGGGAGGUGAAAUAUUACACAUUUAA